UUCUGGUUCUCUACAAAAUUUAACAGAAAAUAGGUAAAUGGAUGCGCUUCGCAAAAAAUUCUCAAGCUUGUUCAAUAGAAGCAUGCCACUUGGUGAUCAGCCAGUGCGUGUCUGCGAGGAGCCCAAGACCACAGAUGUGGCUCAGCUUAUGCAGUUGCAACAACAGCAGCAGCAGCAACAACAAAGCCAAGCACAGCAGUCGGCGGACGAGGCAGAUUUAAGAGAAAUACCAAAUGUACAGUUGCAAUCGCAGCCCAAACAGUUACAACUGCACACUACUGAGGUGACAUUGGAUCUGAACAGAGCCCUGCACAAUGACCACAAUGAGCGGAUAAUACCGCCUAUCAACUAUAAAAUGGAAUUCAUCAAUUUUAUAGAGCACAACGCACCGCAGGGAUUUGCACAGAAGCUCAACGAUAUGUUGCCCUAUUUGGGCUUAAGCUUUAUAUCUUGGCCCACCUAUUGGCUCUGGCGUAGCUUUCGUUGGCAUGAAAAGCGUCGUUCUGAGAGAAUCGCGCUCUACAUACAAAGGACAUUUCAGCACGCAAAACUAAUGCAGCUGGCCAUUUUGGCCACUGGCCUCUUUAUGGCCGGCAGCGCUGCACAGGCCAGCACGAAAAGUUCACUGCAAGUGCACGAGGUUAGCUGUUCACCCCGACAGUAACAGUAAAUACAAAUAU